CCCUGCAGCCCUCGCCGAUACCCUCGCGCGGAUCUGCCGCUCCUUCCUCGGGAGCGCGUCGGGGCUGCCCUCGCGCGGGUGGGACACGGGAGCCCCAGGGUCGUGUAGCUUCCAGAGAGAAAUUCCAUGAUCUGUACAAUCUUCUUGAAGCAAACUCAGACCAGAGGGAGGAUUAUCCUUGACCUUGGAAGACUAGGCUAAAUUGAAAUUUAAAAUGUCCUUUAGGGAAGAAUGGGGCUUGAGUUACACUUUUGUGGUAAUUUGCUUCCUGACACUGAGGCUGUCCACCAGUCAGAACUGCCACACGAAGAGUCUAGAAGAUGUUGUCAUUGACAUCCAGUCAUCUCUUUCAAAGGGAAUUAGAGGUAAUGAACCUGUACAUACAUUAACUCAGGAAGACUGCAUUAAUUCUUGCUGUUCAACGAAAAACAUAACAGGAGACAAAGCAUGUAACCUGAUGAUCUUCGACACUCGAAAAACAACUAGACAGCCCAACUGCUACCUAUUUUUCUGUCCCAGCGAGGAAGCCUGUCCCCUGAAACCAGCAAAGGGACUUAUGAGUUACAGGAUAAUGAGAGACUUUCCAGCUCUGGCUAGAACUCAUUUGCCAAGCCAAGAGUUUACCCAAGAAGGUUCUCUCAUCCAUGGCCAGUCUCCGCAGGUGAUCACUCCCACACCCCCUCCUGUGACAGGUUAUUCAGAGUCCACUGACAGCUUACAGAAAGGUGCCUUUUCUCAGAAGUUGGGGUCCUCAGAUCACUUGGAGAAACUAUUCGAGAUUGAUCAAGCGAGUACACGGUUCCCUGUUGAUAAAGAAAAGGGCCAUUCUCAGAGUUCACAGUUUUCUUCAGAACAAAACAUAGCUCAUCUGCUGCCCGAAAAGGUGACAACACUCCCCACUACCAAGGCUGUUUCCUCUCAGCAUAUCACCUCUGCCUCUCCAAAGCCUGCAUUUCCCCCCACCACCAAUGCUCCGGUGAUACCUUCUGUGACUUUUGAACCAGAGGGGGCCACCUCAGCUCCACCCCUAGCUGUGGUCACGUCUCAGCCCCCCACAAGCCUCUUGUCUACAAUGUUGACACAUGCCGAAGUUACACCCAAAGCUGGCGUAACUACGACAACAGUCUCAAACACCAUCUUUGAGGCACCUACGGACUGGAAAGGCCCCCCAGAAACAGUGCCGGUUAGAGAAAUUUCCAACCUGUCUUUGAACACAGAGGAUGCCUAUAACCCUGCUACGCUUUCUUGGUCAACUGUGGAUUCUUCUGCUGCCACAUUACUUCUGUCAAAUGUGGAUUCUUCUGCUCCGAAUAAAAGUGCUUCUCAGGAAAAUGGGAAGGCCAGUCCAGGUGGUUCCUCCCUGAAGAGUGUUCCAGAAAGUCAGCAUGGCCUCCCAUUUGAAAAAUGGCUCCUCAUUGGGACCCUGCUCUUUGGUGUUCUGUUCCUAGCCAUAGGCCUUGUCCUCUUGGGUAGAAUGUUCUCAGAAUCUCUCCGCAGGAGACGCUAUUCAAGACUUGAUUAUUUGAUCAAUGGGAUCUAUGUUGACAUCUAAGGGGGAAACUAGAUGUCUCUUAAUUCAUGUUCUUCCUGGUAGUCCAAACACAGUGACUUUCUACUGACUUGCUGAUCUUAGCAGGAUUUUUGAAGUGUCUUGAAGACAGGCAAAUGCCCCCUACCACUUUCUUUUUGCUUGCUUUUUUCAGACAAUGGGAGAAAGGAAACGAAUUAGGUAAUUUGAGUGAUCUAUCUCCAAAAUAUUCGCUGAAAACAAAGCUCUACCUAAAGUAAUAAAGUAUAAUUGGCAUAUAAAUUGCAAAAUGACUGGCUGUUUGCAAGGAAAAGUGGUUAGGACUUCUAGGCUGCAGUUCAUUAGCAUUUCUGGUUCCAGAUAAAGUCAACUGUUUAUGGUAUUAAUUCUAAUAGAUUUACUUUCCUUUUUAUAUGAAUUCCAAUAAAACUUAUUCCAGAUGUAUUUCCUUCCAAUUAAAUAUUUGAAUAAAUCUUUUGUUACUCAGUAAUGUUCUUGUAAGUGACACAUCCAGCUGGAUAACUUUCAGUUUAUUCCCACCAGCAAAAUGAUUAAAUGAUGAAAAUAUGUGUUCUAAGUUAAAGUGACCCCCCCCCCCUUUUCCCAUCAGUGAGCAAAGAGGUUCCUUUGGGAGAAUUCUAGCAGAAGAUUAUUAUCUACAUGGAGACAGUGAUAAGUCACUUUUGCUAAACAGCCAAAUCUACUUUGGGUCCAUUCUAGUUAACUAUUCUGGCCCCCCCCCCCCCCGCAAAAAAAAGUAAUACAGGAAUAUUCUAAACUUUACCAAGUUGAAAACAUAACAGUGUUAUUUAUAAAUCCUUAUGUAAAUUUUGCAAACAGUCAAUUUUGGCUUUACGUGGAAUAACAUUGGAAACAAUGGAUAACGCUUACAAUUAUUGUUAAAUGAUUACUGUGCUGUAAUUUUUAUGUGCAUUUAAAAAAUUCAUUUAUUUUUUAUUCCAGUAUAGUUAACAUACAGUGUUAUAUCAGUUUCAGCAUACAAUAAGUAUGCUGUAAUUUUUUAUUGAUUAGCUAUUGAAAUGCCUGAGCAAUGCCUUUAAUAAAAAUAGUUUGCCGGACGAA